UAGGGGCCUACAAGAAAAGAAAACAAGGUGCUUGUAGCUAGUCGUAGUUAUUUAAUAAACUGUCUACAUAACACACACCGCGGGAGCAGCUUUUCAAGAAACGAGCGUUAAUAACCCGUAUUCAACGUACGUGGUAAUGUGAGUCUCCAAAUGCAGCUGUCAGCAGUGGACAGUAGAGCUGGAGAGAUGCCUGCACUGGAGAGCACACAUGCACAGCGUGUCCUGUCCUCCCUCAACCAGCAGAGGGCAGUGGGGAGGUUUUGUGAUGCAGUGUUAAAUGUGGGAGACGGGAUGGUCUACCUGGCCCAUCGCAGCAUCCUCGCAUGUUUCAGUGAACUCUUACAACAGCCCGGCGUGCCCGCUGUGCCGUGCAUGGAGGUUUGCCUGCAGGAGUGCCCCAAAGAAGGCCUGGAGCUGCUCCUGAACUUCAUCUACACUGGAGAGCUGGAGUUAAACUGCGACAACCUGGACAAGGUGCAGCAUGCAGCGACCAGCCUGUGUAUACCAGAAGCGCUUGCACUCUGUCAGCGCUUCAAGGAGACCUCUGUGGAUCCCGGGCCUGUCAAACGUAAAAGAGGCAGACCUCGAAAGACUGCACCUGAGACAAGCCUGCAUUGUCCAGUCAAAGAAGAAAACACGCUGCCGGUGUUAAAAGACGAGUUCAACUUCGAUAGUGCCACAGGAAGUUUAAGCUUGGCCCCCACUGCUACCAGUACCAAUACCAGUACUACUACUACACGUUCUGGUCGUGUGGUGAAGGGCCCCAGGCGACUGGUGACUGAUGAGAGCCUCAUCAGUGAUCUUACAGCCACUGACACAAACAGUAGGAGGGUCAUUGACAUCUCUGUGGAGAAAGACAAUAGCGAUGCUGUUGUGCACAGUCUGACCCUAGAUGAGCCACCUGGUGAAAGAAAGAUAACUGAACUGCAUAUCGACAUAAAUGACAAUGCUGGUAGCCAGGUAAUCGAAGAACCAGAAGAAGAAGAAGAAGAUGAUGAUGAUGAUGAUGAAGACAAUGAUGUGGGGAACUUUGAGACCAUCACCGAAGGCUCAGAUGAUGAGUAUGUGCCUGUUGAUGAGUCCAGUCCCUCAGCCCUGUCCACGUCGACAGCAAGAAAACGCAAGUUCCAGAGUAAAAUGGACAAAAAUGAGACUGACCCCGCUGUGGACAAAGACUCCAAGAAGGCCUGUGUCCAGUGUCCCAUCUGUGACAAAAGCUUUAAGAGCAAAUAUUACCUCAAAGUCCACAACAGGCGACACACGGGAGAGAGACCCUUUGGUUGUCACAAAUGUGGGAAGAAGUACUUCAGGAAGGAGAACCUUUUAAUACAUGAGAUCAGAGACUGUGCCAAGGUGCAAAUCUUCAGCUGCCCAACGUGCUCUUCCACUUUUAGUGGAAAAGAAGAACUGCGCUUGCACAUCGUCUCCCACACGGGGGAAAUGCCUCACAAGUGUUCAACCUGUACAGAACAGUUCAUGCACAAAAAGAACUUGACUCUUCACAUGAUGAAGGUCCAUGGUUAUCCCAAACCGCACGCAUGUCCUCAGUGUCCCAAAACCUUCUUAACUCGGACAGAGCUGGGAGUGCACGAAGCGGCCAAACACCGCGGUGAAAAGCCCUUUGUUUGCGAGGAGUGUGGUCAUCGAGCAUCUAGUCGGAACGGUCUGCAGAUGCACAUCAAGGCCAUUCACAGGAACGAGAGACCUUUCGUCUGUAACUCUUGUGGUCAUGCAUUCUCCCAGAAGAACAACCUCAACAUGCAUCUGCGCAUUCACAGUGGGGAGAAGCCAUACCAGUGUCACCUGUGUGGCAAAACCUUCAGGACCCAAGCCAGCCUAGAUAAACACCAUCGAACUCACACUGGUGAGCGUCCCUUUAGCUGUGACGUCUGCGAGCAGCGUUUCACAGAGAAAGGAGCCCUCGUUCGUCACAAGGCCAGCAAGCACGAGGAGGGCCGUCCCCACUGUUGUCACAUAUGUAAUAAAACCUUCAAAGCGAGGGAGCAACUUCGGGUUCACCUGCGUCGCCACAAAGGCAUGAGGAAGUUUGAGUGUAUAGACUGUGGCUACAAGUUCACGCGACAAGCACAUCUACGGCGACACAUUCAAAUCCACAAACGCACCGAGAACUAUAAUCCCCGGCAAAGAAAGCUGAGGAACGUGAUAGUGCAGGAAUCAGAUGGAAACUCUGUUGAGAAAGCAGGCAAAUCAGACGAAGCCCCACCUGUACCUGAAGAGACCGAUUACACCACAGACACCAGUAACGCCCAAGAACCCAACCCAAAGCCUGACUCCAUCACUGCUCCGCGUUCUAGCUGCAUGAUGGGGGCGAUGACCGAGUCGAGCGACGGCACAAUGGAGGAGGCGAUGUCCAACGAGAACCUGGGGCAGGUCCAAGCAGUGGAGAGCUUCUCUGUGCCCGAGGUCCUGCAGCAAACACAGCUGGUAGCGGAGACGUACAGUACGAAUCCACCAUAGAUAUGGGGGGAUAGUUGGAAGAUGUCGAAGGGGUAAGACAUAAGGUUUAAAAUAGCUGAUACUGACUAUGAAUAAAGGCUACUGUUAAUAUUAUUCUUGUACAUGCAAAGAAUAAGAAACUACACCAACGUAGGACCACCAAAGCUUUCAGUUGUUUAAACACAUGUGGGCUGCAUGCUUAUGGACUUAGCUUGAAUGUUUGGGCUUGAUUUAUUUCACCUGUUUCCGAUCAUAUGAACUCAAUUUGAACUCAGUAUUAAAUUAACUCCUCCUUAGAAUUUUGUCUUGUUUGGGUUUGUUAACCCACACAGGUCGAUUCCUGGGGGGACUGGGUGCCUUUCUGUGUGCAUGGGUUCUCUCCGGCUUCCUCCUACCAUCCAAAAACAUGCCAAGUUCAUUGGUCACUCUAAACUGCCCGUAGGUCUGAGCAUGUGUGUCUGUCUGUGCGUUGCCCUGCGAUGGACUGUGGACCUGUCCAGGGUGUACCCCGCCUCUCGCCCAUAGAUAGCUGGUGUGCCUCCAGCCCCCCCACGAUCCCACAUAUGGGAGAAAAUGGAUGGAUGGAUGGAUGGAACUCAACCCUAAAGACUAGAAACCAUAAAACAGUGUUGCUGUCAUAACGAUGUGAGGCUUUCCUGCUGUUUGUAACACUUAAAUAAAUAUAUAAUACGAA